AUGAAUAAAAGUGCAGCAGUUGCAGCUGCAUGUAUCAUUUCUGGUGGCGAAGAUUCCGAUGAACAAUCAGUUGAAAACGAAAACAUCUCAAAGGAUUUUCUUUUACCACUUUCUUUAUCAGAUCCUUGUGAUCAAGAAAAGUUGAAUCAUUACGGUGAAAAGAUUCAGGCAAUAAUAAACAAUGGUGAAGGUGAAGCGAUUAUUGAAUUGGGUGCCUCAUUAGAUGAUAUAUCUGAUAGGGGCUUGAAAGAAAGCGAUCUUAAAUUGGUAGAGCAGAAGCACACGGAAUUGCUAAAAAAAAUGUCUUUAAUAUCUACUUGCCUAAUAAUGAGACAAAAUGGCGACUUAUUUACGAGAAUUCAUCUAAUUAGGAAGAUUUUUGGAACUGAGGAUUUCCUUGAGGUCCGUGUUGCAGUUGUUGGAAAUGUUGAUGCAGGGAAAUCAACGUUAUUAGGCGUUUUAACACAUAGUACACUUGAUGAUGGUCGAGGUCUAGCUCGAAAAAAGUUAUUUCGUCACAAACAUGAAUUUGAAUCUGGAAGGACUUCUUCAGUAGGUAAUGAAAUACUGGGUUUUGACGUUAACGGUGCAGUAGUCAAUAAACCGGAUAUACAUAGUGGCCAUCUAGACUGGACUAGCAUAUGUAAAGAAUCAACGAAGGUAAUAACAUUCAUUGAUUUGGCUGGUCAUGAAAAAUAUCUUAAAACUACUAUUUUCGGGAUGACUGGACAUAUUCCAGAUUAUACUAUGCUUAUGGUUGGAUCAAAUGCAGGUAUUAUUGGAAUGACAAAAGAGCAUCUGUCAUUAGCACUUUGCUUAAAUAUUCCGGUUUUCAUUGUCAUUACCAAGAUUGAUAUGUGUCCAGAGCAGGUGCUAGGUGAAACGAUAAAAAAUCUUGAUCGUCUUAUGAAAAGUCCAGGCGUAAGGAAGUUACCAGUUACUAUCAAGAAUAUGGAUGAUGUUAUUCAUGCUGCCCUUCAUUUCAACAGUGGAAGGAUUUGUCCAAUCUUCCAAGUCUCAAAUGUAGUAGGAACAAAUAUGGAUCUGCUGCGAGCCUUCCUUAAUUUAAUACCAAUUCGCAAAAAAUUUUCUGAUAAUCACCCGGCUGAAUAUCAGAUUGAUGACGUGUACUGGGUCGAUGGAGUUGGUACAGUUGUAUCUGGUACCUGUACUGCUGGUGCGAUAGCAGUGAAUGACACUCUUUUAUUGGGACCAACCUCAUGUGGUGAAUUCGUCCCUGUACCAGUUAAAUCAAUUCAUCGGAAGCGAAUGCCAGUUUCAAAAAUUUCUUGCGGUCAAACUGCAUGUUUUGCUAUCAGGCUAGCUUUGUGUUCUUGUGGCGAUAGUUCAUUAUUUUUCAGUUUUAGGAAGUUCAGUAAAAAGGAUAUCCGUAAAGGAAUGGUAAUGAUUUCACCAAAACUACAAAUUAUUUCAUCACUUCAAUUCGAAGCUGAAAUUCUUAUUUUGCUGCAUCCAACAACUAUUGCUCCGAAUUAUCAGGCAAUGGUACACAUUGGGUCCAUACGACAAACAGCUACUAUCAUAAAAAUGACGAAAGACGUGUUGCGUACAGGCGACCGAGAUACAGUCACAUUUAAGUUCAUAAAAAAUCCAGAAUAUUUAAGAGUAGGGUCUAGAUUGGUUUUCCGUGAAGGACGCACGAAAGCAGUAGGUACGAUUACAAAAGUAUUUCCUUACAAUCCUGCCGCUUCUAGUAAACAAAUUCGCCAUAAACAUGGGAAAUCAAAAGGUACAGUUCCACUGCAUUUCUGUUAA